AAAUUCCUGUCAAUCUAUUUUUGUGUCUUCCAUUCCUUGUUUUCAUCUCAUCAAAAAAACAAAAACAACAAAUUACAAACAAAAUAGAGAACAGCCUAUUGGUUCUCUCCCCUCUCUCAUUCUCUCUCUCAAAAUUUUCAUUGGGAGAGAGAAUCAAGAAAAAUCAUCAUGGCUGAUUCAUCCAACCAUGGAAAAGACCAAUCAUCUUCCUCCGAACAUCAACCCUCAUCAAACACGGACACAUCGUCGCCACCGGCACCACCACCGGUGGCCGCACCUCACAUGAUGUAUUACCAACCAGGACCUGGUGGUUAUCCUCAUGGCCCACCACCACCACCCUUUCAUCCAUACCCCCCACCACCACAUGGAUACCCUCCAUAUCCUCCUCAACCGCAAGGAUAUAAUAACUAUCCUGGCCAUGCACCAUACUAUCCUCCUCAUCAAAACUAUCAUUCUGACGUAGGAAGUAGAAGCUUCCUUCGAGGUUUCAUAAUGUGUUCAUGUUUCAUAUUCACAGGGUUCUUUGUUUCAACUAUCAUUAUGGCAUUCAUGUUACAUCCUCAACUUCCUGUUUACAAAGUUAGCGCCAUGUCGGUGGAGAAUUUCAACACGAGUUCAGUUUUAACAGGCGAUUGGAGCAUCAGCCUGACCGUUCAGAAUCCAAACACAAAACUAAACGGCUUGUUUUCGGAUUUUAAGGUUGAUGUUGUGCAUGGAACCAACGAGAUAGCCAUGAGUUUUGUUCCCGAUUUUCAAUUGGAAAAACAUGAACAAAAACAAAUGGACGUUAAAGCUUCUUCCAACAACGGAGGAAAUGUUGUGUCGUUUCAAAAGUGGGAUUUGGAUAAGAUGAGUAAUGAAAAACUAAGUGGAUCCAUUAAGUUUGGUUUGAGGGUGUCUUCUAUGACUGAGUUUAAGUCAACCUCAAUGACCACGAGAAGUAUGAUUAUGAUGUUUAUUUGUGACAGUUUAAAGAUUGUGUUUCAAAACAAUACUGGCACUGGUACGUUAGAGAAUGGGGGUAUUCCUGUCGAGUGCAAAAUUUACACGUGAAAAGAAAAAAUUAUAUGCUAUGUACGAGUUUGUAUUAUUUCAUAAUUUUUUCUUUUAUUUUUUGCUGUUUUAAUGUGGAAAACAGUUGUUUUUUCU